GGAUGUCGAGGAAGUUGUAACUGAAGACGUGGUGCAAAAUGCAUCGCAAAAUGAACCAACGGAAACAGCAUCGCCAGAAACUAAGAAAAAGUCGGUGUAUCUGCCAUAUAACAAGGCCGAAUGGUCACCGUUGUAUCUGUAUCGACCGUUUGCGGAUCUGACGGCAGCUUGCAUCCGUCAAUCGGGCUCUGAGGGUGUCGGGCGAGUCGAGGUGGGUCGUUCGUACGGUAUCGACACAACCUUGAAAGCCGGCAAUCGACGUGUCUCACAGUGGAUCAUGAAUACACUCAAGGCUUUUCCGGACUAUUUUGGGCAAUACCAAAAGAUGGACGGUAAAUGCAGAUCAAUCAAAUACUUUUGGAAAGUUGAUGCCCAACCAGAACGUUUCAUCUCUUUGUAUAAGGAAUGGCAGAAGAUAACCGACGUUCCGUGCCCAUUCAAAAUGGGACAAGUUAUCAAAUUCCCGAAAGCGAAUCUCAAUACACUUCGCAUCAGUGAUGUUUCACUGCGUCGUCUGAUUGAUAUGUUGCGUUUGGUGAAAGAAAACGUCGUCUAUGUGACAGUGCAUCGAUUUUUAAAGCAUGUCACUGAAUUGGAGCAACAGCACGGCUACAACUAUAAAAUCGACAAGAAAUCAGUGAUGAAAUGCUUGUAUGCGCUUCAGAAAGCUGGUUUAGUACGGCUCUAUGAACGUAUCGUUGUCGAGGAUUACAUUUCGAGUCCAGUAAGUUCGAGUGAUCAUAUUCAUCUUUUGGAGAAGUUCCGGUUUUGUGAUUAA